GCGCGAUGACUUCCGGCUAGCCAUGCUGGAGAAGAGACGCCACGGCGCCGCCUCCCUCGCGUCGCCCCUGCUGGCGGCGGCGCUGACCGCCGCCGCCUGCCUCUCGCUGUGGCAGCUGUCCCGCUGCCCCGCCGCCCCCGCCGCGCCCCUCGUGGCGCCCGCCUACCUGCUGCUGCUGCCCGGCAACGCCACCUCGCUGCCCUCGCCCUACCCGCUGCACCGGCUGCCCGCCGGCGACCCGGGGCGCCUCGUCGACCUGCCCUUCGCCUUCCGCCUCAACAACUACCCCUGCAACGAGUCGGCGCCGCUGCUGCUGGUGCUGGUGCACUCGGCGCCGGCCAACGCCGACAAGCGGCGCGCCAUCCGCGACACGUGGGGCGCGCGUCGCGACGCCCUGCGUCUCCUCUUCCUGCUCGGCGAGGUGGACUCCGGCGCGGCGCAGCUCGCGCUCGAGCGAGAAGACCUCGCGCACGGCGACCUCGUGCAGGGCAGCUUCCGCGACUCCUACCGCAACAUGACCUACAAGCACGUCAUGUCGCUCAAGUGGACCGCCUACUUCUGCCCCGGCGCGCGCUACCUGCUCAAGACGGACGACGACGUGUUCGUCAACACGCCGGCUCUCCUGGACUUCCUGUCGCAGGAGCUGUCCCCCUGGGGCGCGCGGCGCCUCAUCAUGUGCGCGCCCUUCCCGCGCUCCUUCGUGAAGCGCUCGUACCGCUCCAAGUGGCGGGUCUCGCCGGCCGAGUACCCCAGCCGCGUGUACCCGCCCUACUGCGCGGGCUGGGCCGUGCUGUACUCGCCCGACGUGGUGUUCCUGCUGUACCGCGAGGCGCAGCGCGCGCGCUACUUCUGGAUCGACGACGUGCACGUGACGGGCACUCUGGCCUCGCGCGCCAACCUCACCCAGACCGACGUGGGCUCGCUGGCGCUGACCCCGGACCAGGUGUCCGCCGUCGAGCAGAGCGGCAGCCUGGCCGCCGUGGGCCGCUUCCUGUUCGGCGCGCCCAACCUCGAGCUGGCGACCCUGUACCGGCUGUGGGGGGCGGUGUCCGGGGAGUCGUGACGGCCCCUCGCGGCCCGCUGAGCGCCUGUGCCUUCGCCCCGGGACCCCCUGCCUCCGCGCCGGAGGGGCCAACACUUCCCGCGUGUUUGCAGCCGGACUGUGCGGCUGUCGAGUUUCCCCCAAAUAUUCCAUUCCAAUAAAUCUGGUCUUAAUUUUUCAGUUGGAACUAAACAUUAAGAAAAUUUAUUUCGGAAUCUUGCUUGAUUCAGCAGAAAAUAUCAAUACUCAUGAAGAGACUCACAUGGAAGUGUGUUGAUGUGUAGGAAUCUCCAAAAAAUUACUUUUUUUUUUUUUGUGUCACGGACUCACAUGUAUCAAGUAUCAUCUGUCCAUUGACUUCUACAUGUCAUGAUUCUGUUGGAUUUUUGAAUGAUUGCUUCUAGUCCUUCAGUGCAUGUCAAAUAAUUGUACAAACCUUUGCAAUCCCGGCAGUUGUGAAAUAAUGCCUAUUUUGUAUGUCCAAAUUAAAAAAAAAAUUAACAUGUUUGACAUCUAGAGAGCAACAGUUAGAAAUAUUUACAGGAGAAAAUCAUAUUAAAAUUAAUUUGGAACAUUUCUGUUAUACACAAAACAAUGAAGUGAGUAUAGAUAAGACAUUCUGGCAAAGCUAUUAAAUACUACUUUAUUUCUUUGUCUACAAAAAAAAUUGUGGUUUAGUUUAAGUUUCUUUUAUAAACAAGCAUUGAUCUCAUGAUAAUUUUGUUUAACUGGUUUUCUCAAUCACAAAUAGCCACUUCUCACAUUGAAAAGUUCCCUUUAACAUUACUUACAAUGGUUGAAUGAAAAUGUGAUUGGGUGUGAAGUCAUAUAUUUUUGCUUGUGUUAUAAAGAAAUUGUGUUUGCUCUGUCACCUAAUGAAAGUCAUAAGUGACUGUGAUUGGUAACAUGUCCUGCUGACAUGGCUGUGAGAGGUAACAUGUCAUGUUGACAUGGCCAAUAGGUAAAUUGUCAUUUUCAUGUGACAAAAGUUGUGGGUUUGAUUCAAACCCUGGCACGAAUCAAGUGUAAGAGCGCAGAAUGCAGUCGGAAGACAAGGGCGUGGAGCUCAGAACCUGUCACAAUAAGCCUCUGUUUGUUUACCUUAACUAUGACAAAAAUGUUUUUAGUGAUGGGAGUAUUUGCCGACCUGAAAAGUAAUAAAACACAUAUUGACUAUUUCAAAAGUUGAUUACUAGAGACUGAUUUGUUUAACAGAGAGAAAAAUAAAAAUUGGCUGCUUGGUAUACUUCGUAAAGUAACUGUUCUGUAUCACAUAUCCAAGUUCAUCCCUUUAUUCUGUGGUACAUGAUGUUUGCUGUUUUAAUUUAGUUUGUCGAAAGAUCCUGGCCAUAGAAAAUCUCAGAUGUCACAGUAAAAACAAAUACUGUCAGUUCUUAAAGAAUUUUUUUUUUCAUUCUUAUUCAACGUACGAUCAUAAUUCAUAACAUCACAAUUAUUGUUGUGUCUGGGAUAUUUUUAACGUACUAAAUUAAAGCGGCAAGGAUAGUGUAUCACAGGAUCAAUGCCAUCAGGAUCAAGGGAUGAACUUGGAUAUGUGAUACAAAACUUUUACCCUUCAAAACACUAUGUUCAUGUUUGCAGUUAUUUUCUUUGUCAGUUACUGGCAGAGAACUCCUGUACCACAAUUGGCUUGGUAAAUAAGUUUGACUGUUGCUGUACUAUUGAAAGUUUGUGAUUUGUCUCAAAAUAAGACUUUUAAAAACUGUACUACAAAUUAUAAUAGUGAGAAAGAGCCACAGUGUUUUGAAACCUACCUUGGCACAAUAUAUGAUAGUUUUACAGCAUUACUAAACAAUCACUUUUGAAGCAGAAUAAUAAUGUUCCUUGUGUAUACCAACUAUUUUUAUUGUUUUGUCAGGUCCUUCAACCAAUUGCAUAGGGUAUUCAUAAAAUAUAAAAAAAAAAAAAAAAAAAUCUCUAAUUUACUAAUUUUUCACAUCAGACUGAACUCAACAUAACUGUAGAAGACAUGAAAAUAUAUAAUAAUACAAAUAAAAAAGUGAUAAGUUGUAAAAACACACUUUAUACCUACUUUUGUGGGAAAGCAUAACUUGUAAAUUAAUACACCAAAUUUGUCUCAUGCUAAACACACUAUAAGGACAUUAACAUUUUAACAUUAAGGUAAACUGAUAAAUAGGUAGGUACCAAUAUGAGUGGUGCACGGAUGCUAGGGGCCGGAAUUCAACCCACUAACCUUGCCACAUGACCGUAACAGCCAUGGACACAAGAAUGAACUGUUCAAAGUGCAGUAUUUUGUCUUAUUCCCAAGUGAUACCAGAUUUAUGGCAAGCUUCUUCUGUGUAUUGUUUUUGAUGGAAAAGCGAUUAUAAUAUUUACUAGGGCUUCUCAUUGUCAAGACUUUAAUUGUAGGCAUUCUUAUUCUUAAAUUCUUUUUUUUUUUUAAGUUAUUUUAAUGUCAAUUAUGUAAAAUUAAAAUUUAUUUAGGAUUUUAUGCACAGUUAUUUAUAAAUAGAGCAGUGUUAAGUAUAAAAAGUGAACAUUUAAAAAAAUUUUUUUUGUACAAACUUGGGUUAUUUUUGAUGACUAGAAAUGUUAGUCCAUUUGUGAUAUAAUAUAAUAUAUGAAUACCAAAUUUUCUCUAAUACAUUUAAUUUUUCUGUCAAAUUUGUAUUACUUUAUCUUAAUAUUUACGCAUUUGUAGGGACAAUAUUAUAUGGUGAAUUGUGAUAAAACCAAAAUAACACUGUACAGCAUGUCAAUAAACCAUAAAGUACCGUAAAGCAACUGAAAUCACUCAAUAAUCAGCAUUUUAAUGAAAAAAUUUAACUAAAUUUACAAAAAAUUUUUUUUUUUGUUUAUUAAACUUGAGGAAUGUAACAUAUUUUCUAUAAAGGUUGGUCCAAAUUGCUGUAAUGAUAAAUAUAUUGAUUUUUGUUACUUUUUAAAUAUUUUAACUGUUAUUAUUAACUCAUUUUUACAUUAUGACAUUGGUACAUUUUUCAAACAAACAAAUUACUUGCAGAUUAAUUUUUUUAUUGUUCCAAGUAGUUAAGAAAUGCUUAUUGCAAAUUAUUAUAUUGGAAAAGAGCAUCAUGUGUCAAUCACAUUAAACAUUUUGGGUGAAUUAAGAACUAUGAAACAUUUAUCAUAUUUGUUUAAUAAUAUGCUAUAUUUAUCAAUAAAGAGUUCAUAAAAAAUAAAAAAAACAACAAAAAUCUAAUUUUUUUUCUUCAAAAAAUUAGCUCAAAAAUAAAACCAUAAAAUCUUGUCCUUACACAUUAGCUUUUAAAAAAAAUUUCAGUUUAAUGAAAACAUACUUAUGUUUUGUUUGGGUUAGUAGAAUUUUAUAAAGUUAACUGUGUAUAGUUGAGAUUAAGGUAUGCACACAAUUUGAAGGUACAAAAACCUUUUGAGUUACAUAUAUUAUUGCUGGAAAUUUGAAGGUAUUUUGACCUCUGUGAGUCUGUAUGUUUAUAUGAGGGCUAGUAUAUUCAUAUAAUAAGCUUGUCUGAGCUUCUGAUAUUCAAGUACAGUAUUACUAUGAUACACAGAUUAAAUUAAAUAAUCUUUGUAAUCAUUUACAUUUUAAGGGAAUAUUUAAUUUCUUGUUGUUUAAAUUAGCCAGAAAUCAGAAUAACUGUAACCAGUCAGUGAUAUAAGGUGUAAGUGCUCCAUGACUGAUCCUCACAUAUAUGUUCCAUUUAUUCAUUCAAACAACAACGUUAAGAAGUGCUACAGCCAAUCUAGUCAGUGCUUACCUGAGCUAUGAAACUUCAGUAAUGUGUUGAGGAUACAGUAAGCUUACCUUGCGGCAUCCUCUUCAUCACAAAACAUUCUUGGAGAGUAUAUCAAAAUUUUACCGUUAUGAAUGUCUUAUGUGUUUCGUGUUUGGAGUAAGCAGUUGCAUAGUCCUCGCAACAUUUUUCGUUGCAGCAUUUACAAAACAAAACGUUAGAUUGUGUGUGUUGACGGUAGUGUUAGAACGCGUGUCUUGCCGGUGUGUUUGCGUGUCCGUCUCAGCCUGUCUUUCCAUCGGAGAAAACCCUGCAAGUUGUUCCAUGCCACAGGAAGAGUCUUUGCUACUGGUGACAUGUGUUCCAUCCGCUCCAAGGAACUGAUAACAGAACACUGUAUCAGCUGCCCUAGGGUAGCAAGCGAGUGCAUGAGAAGUGCCGGCAAUCACUUACAAGUUUGUGGGCACAGUAUUGUGUUGCAUUCUUCUGGACUUUAAACACCAGUGCCAAAACUUAAUAAACGGUUCAUCACAUCAAGAGACUGGAUAAUUCGUAUGUUAGAAUCACUUGCUCAUAGCAACACUUUUUGUGCAAAACAAUGGAAAUUUAUGUUAUUUUAAUUAUUGAAUUAAAAUUAAUAUUAAGAAUUUUUUUUUUGCUAACGAGGGGUCCAAAAUUAGUCAUUCGCAUUCCAUUUCACAUUUCCAAACUUCAAAUAAUAUAUUAAUGGGUUUUGAAGUUAACCAGUAGCAUAAGUGCUUCAUUAGCUAAUUUGGGGUAGGCCUACAUGGUUUCGUUGAAAUUAAAUUCAUUAUUUUAUAUGCAGAGUAACCUUCAGAUGAACAAAGUGUGUGCUUUUCUGUGGUUGUACUUAAUUUUUGUGUGUUUUUUCUCUCGUUUGUUUUCAAGUUAGUUAGUUCAGUUGUACCUAAUUAAUAGUGUUUGGGUUUUUUUUAUCAUUUACGUAACUUAUGUUACAGUACAGUCUCUAAUUACUCAUGUAAGUUUAUUUUUAUAUUUCCUGGUGAUCAGUUUUAAAAUCAUGGCUGUGCCAAAAAAUAUAUAUAUAUUUUAAAUGCACAGGCAGGUAUGGGAAUACUCAGAAGUUUAACUUUGUCGGCUACACUUCCGGUAACAUUUACAAACGUAGUUUUCUAGCGAUCGAUAACUACGGAGCCAUGAGUGAUAGUUGAUAGCUUCAUUGCCCCAAGACCUUGCCACCGACUGCUGUGAUAAAACAGAAAACUUGUUAGUGUUCCAGUAAUGGCUAUUUGAAUAUAGUUUUUCAGAGAGUAGACACAUUAAGUGGAGUCAGUUAUAUCAAGUUGCUAAUACUCAUGUGUAAAUUGGAAAUGUGAGUUGGGAUUACAAGACAAUGUGAUUAGGUAUGUGUAGUGAAAAGAAAGUGCAUUUUGUAAUAAAGUAUCAUAAUAUUCAGGUUUAAAAGUUGCCAAAUUUAUUGAAUAUAUUAGAAAUAAGAGUUUAUUUGCUCAGGUGUGAGAUGUACUUACAAGAGAGAUAUAUACCUAUAUAUUUAGAAAUAUUUUGAAAUCUUUAUGUGCAAAAGGCAAGAUAGUGUCUAGCAACUGUAGUGUACAUACUCCAGUGAAUGCAUUUAAUAAUCUACCUGUUUCCGUGAUAAAGUACUCAUGCUUUUUUUUAUUGCACUAAAUUUUCUGAUGUCUGUCACAAAAUGUUUGAUGUAAAAUGGCCAUAAGUAGACUGAGUUAUUUUAUUGUCAUAGUAAGAAUAUUUAUUAAAAAGAAUAAUCUGUUUUUAAGAAGGAAAUAAAUAAAUAAAGAAAUAAAUGAUCAUACAAAUUCUGGU